GGAUAAGCAAUUAAACCACACAAAACCAUGGCCGGUCACGCCACUAACGAAACAAAGGGCAAAGGCAAAGUCCGACAGCGGCGCGCCCACACACGAAGCCGCACUGGCUGCUCAGAGUGCCGCAGCCGCAGGGUGCGGUGUGGCGAGCAGCGUCCCACAUGUGAGAACUGCGUUAAUAGUAGGAGAACAUGUGAAUACCCACCUGUCAAGAUACCACUGAGGGAGAGACGGGCGUUGGAGAAGGCUGGGGCAACUCAGCCGUGGGAACAUGUUCCCUGGGAGGCUCCGAGUUCUUCCAAGGGACCUGAGGUGCCUAACCCCCAGGCUCUGGUCCGUCAGCUUAUUUUGUCGAGCUCUGCAACGACGUUGGACUGCGUGGCCAUUGACAUGCCCCUCAAAUCGCAUGAACUCUUCAAUUACUUCUACGGUGAAACCCUUGUCACAUCUCUCACAGAGCAACAUAAAGAUUGCAUGCCAUAUACCAUAUCGGAUCCCGAAGCCCUCCGCAAUGCGAUUUUGAUGGCAGCCACUCAUUUUACAUUCAAAGUCGGCAGCCUCGAAGCAUUUGAGCAUACAUUCCUCUUUCAUAGAAUUGAGACCGUGCGAUUGGUGAAAAAAUGGCUUUCCAGUGGAGAUCUCACCCUUUCAGCUGCCAUCACCAAACAGAUUGCUACCCUGGCAUACACAGAGUUCUGCAGUGGGGACAUGCAAAUGGCCGAAAAGCAUUUAAAUGUCAUCUACGCUCUACCAUGUCGGAUAACAGACCCGUCGAAUACCAAUGGCAAGACUCGUGACCAAGAGCUGUCUGAUCGCUAUUUUUUAUUAACCUCCACCUUCAUCCACGGCGUACAGACCGUCCUCCAUGGCAUCCUCCGCGCCGAAGACUCAACACAACACAAGAACAGUCUCUCCGUCUCCAAUCCCAUGCGUCUCAUGCACAAAUGGUACAAGUCAGAGGGCCAUUACUUACACUGUCUCAAGCUAAGAGCCAUACGCCUCUUCUCAACAUUCUUUAUACUGCCUGACAUCGGAGCAAGGCUCUCUGACGUCUACAGUGCGUCAGUAGUGAACAGUCUUCGUAAAGUCACCGAUGAAUUCUAUAAUCUCACAGAAGUUCAAAAGAUACACGAUGAUUUCUGGAGAACCGGUGCAGCUGCUAGAGUUUACGACGCAGUUCUUGAAUCGCACCAAACCUCCAUUUCAUCAACCGAUCAUGAACAUGAAGCGAUUUCAGACGCUGAGCAAAAGACUUCAUGGUGCGGAUUGGUCAUCGCAGCAGAGUUAUUCCUUGAACAAGUAGUUGUUCUAUGGCGCCCUUUCACAAAGGAGAUAUACCUCUGUAGCAUGAGGAUAUUCCAACGUGAUCUCUCCUUUGCGCUUCAGAAACCAAAUACGCCAGAGAUCGCAGAGCUGUUAUUCUGGGAAUCGUUUCUGGGAUUGAUGAGUCUCUAUUUGCAUGAGAAACUAGGGGAUAUGAAGCGAGAACCUGGCUUGAAGCCGUUUUUCGAGAGGAUUAUAAAGGAACAGAGUCGAGAUAUGGGUUUGGAGAAGUGGGAGGAUGCAAGGAGGGUGUUGUUGAAUAUUGCAUGGCCGUUGGACUUCUCUGAGGAGGAUUAUGUGAAAGGGAUAUGGAAGGCUGCAAUAGCUGACUAGGUGAUGAAGAAAGAAUUAAUUAUCAUUCUGGGUUGAGGUAUUGUACACGAACCUUGAGAGUGGUACAGUAGUCGGCGAUA